UGAAUUAAUUGCUAAUUUUAAUAGAAUUAUGCCGGUUAGAUCAACAGAAGCUCACCGCGCAUUAGAACAACUCGAAGCCUUUCAUGCAGCCUUGACUCGCCCAUCCGACUCCGAUUUGCGUUGUGCCAUUGAAAGGGUUAUUGGCCUCUUCAAAACUAAUUUGUUUCAAGCUCUUUUAGAUAUUCAAGAUUUUUAUGACAAUACUUUAAUAAAUGAAAGAGUGCCUUUAGACUUGAAAACUUUGGAAACAAAAAAACUUGCAGAAAAAUGGGAAACAAAUCCCCCAUUUUCAACGGGAAAAUCGUCAUUAUUUGGAGAAGGACAACAACGCCGACCCCCUCCCCCUCCAAUAUUUCCUUCAACUUAUGCUGCAACAAGUAAUGGUUUGCCUUAUACAAAUGGGGUUGGAGGAGGGGAUACAACCGAGCCGAUAACUAAAACAACUUCACAACAUUCCUACUCUUAUCAUGAACAAAGUCGGCAUUUGACAAAAGAUGGUUGGCAAACAUCCGAAUAUAAAACAAAAACAUUGGAUACACCAGGCAGUUUUCAAACAGAAACGGUUAGCAAUGUUGGAUUAAUAGACGAUCAGGGACGUGAAUGGGAAAUUGAUGACGUUGUAUUGGAGAAAAAUCAAUUUGGAUUGGUUUAUUUUUUAUUUGUAACUCGAGAAUGGGUUUUCAAAUUUAUUUUUAAGGGAUUUUCAAUUUCUGGUGGUAAAGAUCACAGCACAGGGCCAGAGAUUCGAGUAACUGAUAUUUCGCCUGGGGGAGCAGUUGCUCGCGAUGGACGUAUUCAAGUUGGCGAUAUUAUUUUGAAAGUAAAUACAACAGAAACUGUUAAUGUCCAACAUCAAGUAGCAGUUGACGCAUUAAAAAGUUCUGGAAGUAUUGUUCGUUUGUUAGUUAAACGUUUAAAACCUCCCUUGGCUACAGCAGAAACUUUUCGUUCAUCUCCAAUCGAGCCAUUAUCCAGAAUUUCUCCAGUAAGCCUUUCUGCCUCAAAUUUCAAUAUUGGGACAUCUCCACCAAUUGUUCCAAGUCAUCAACAACCAAUUAUUAGUGAAGCUAUUCGAGAUUUGGAAAGAAAACCGGGGGUUAAAAGAAUGGAAUUAAUUAAGAUGCUCAAUGCUGAUGGUCGCUCUAAAGGUUUAGGAUUUAGUAUUGCUGGAGGUGUUGGAAAUCAACACAUUCCUGGGGAUGAUGGAAUAUUUGUAACACGUAUUAUAGAAGGCUCACCAGCAUAUUUUGAUGGUCGUUUACAAAAAGGAGAUCAAAUAUUGGCAGUUGAUAAUAUUAUAUUUAAUAAUGUAACACAUCAAUUUGCGGUACAAACUUUGAAAAAUACUGGGGAGAGAGCAAGUCUUCUUUAUAUGAAAAAUCCACAUCCAGAAUUGCCAUUAGAUGGAAGACAAUUGGAUGAAAGUGAUCGAUCUAGAUCUUUGCAGACUUUUGAAACUAUUGGUGGUGGUAUAACUUCUCCAACAGCAGCUGAUUCCCAUUCAAUUGGUGGUGGCUUUUCAUCAACCCAACAAUUAAAACAACCACAAUUUGAUGUCCCUCGUUUAGUUCGUUUACGUAAAUUGGAUACGGGAUUGGGAUUUAAUAUUGUUGGUGGAGAAAAUGAAGAACCAAUUUAUAUUAGCCAUAUACUUCCUGGCGGAGCUGCAGAUCUAAAUGGAAAUAUAAAAAAGGGAGAUGUUCUUUUAAGUGUUAAUGAUGUUGAUUUGUUUCGUGCCACACAUGCUCAAGCUGCACAAACUCUUAAAGCUAUACCUCUAUAUUCUGAAGUUCAAUUAUUGCUUAAAUACAGACCUAUUGAUUUCCAAAAUUUUGAACAAAAAUUGGAACGUUUAAAAGCAGAAAUGAUUUUAAUGCAACAACAACAAUUACAACAGCCGUAUAUUCAACAACAACAACAGCAAACUGAUUUUUAUGUUCGUGCUCUUUUUGAUAAUGAACCUUCUAGAGAUACUGGAUUACCUCACCGUUCAUUAUCUUUCCGUUAUGGCGAUAUUCUUCAUGUAUUAAAUGCAACAGAUGAUGAUUGGUGGACAGCUAGAAGAGUAAUGGAUAAUUUAAGUGGUGAAGAAGGUCCAGAGGGAAUUAUACCUUCAAGAAAAAGAGUAGAAAAACGUGAAAGGCAAAGAAGAAAACAAGUAAAUUUUAAUGCUGGUAGUCAAAGCUUGGGGCGUAACAGCACAACUUCGGGAGCAUCAGCAGCUGGGAUGGGAGGAAUGGAAGGUCGUCGAGGUUCUCGAAGUCAACUAUCCUUUUCAAGAAAAUUUCCGUUUGUUAAAUCAACAGAAAAACUUAAUGAAUACAAUUCUGAUGGGGCUGAAAAUGCCCUAGUUGAUGAACCAAUUCAUUCCUACAAAAUUGUGCAAAUGAAACAAAUUUCUUAUAUUCGUCCAGUAAUUAUUCUUGGAGCUUUAAAGGAUCGAAUAAAUGAUGAAUUGGUAACUCAAAAUCCUGAACGUUUUAGUAGUUGUGUUCCACAUACAUCUAGACCUGUUAGAGAUGGUGAAAUUAAUGGAAGAGAUUAUUAUUUUGUAACAAAAGCAGAAAUGGAACGAGAUAUUAAAAACAAUUUAUUUAUUGAAGCUGGACAAUUUCAAAAUAAUCUUUAUGGAACAAGUAUUGCUGCUGUACGUGAAGUUGCUGAUUCUGGACGUCAUUGUAUUUUGGAUGUUUCUGGUAAUGCAAUACGUCGUUUACAAGACGCGGCCAGAAUUUAUCCAAUUUCUAUUUUUGUUAAGCCUUUUAGCUAUCAACAAUUGCGUGACUGGUCAGACCAACAAUUAACAGAUGAGGACGCCCUUAAACAAUAUGAACGUUGCCAACGACAAGAGCAAAACUUUGGGGAUUUAUUUACUUCAAUAAUAACUGGUCAAACAGCAGACGAAAUUUAUGCGCGUGUUUUGCGUAUAAUUAAUGAACAAUCGAGCAAUGAUAUUUGGGUGCCUACAAAUGAACAGUUGCCAUGA